AUGAGCCGGAAAGUUGUUCGCACCAGCAAGUUCCGUCAUGUCUUCGGCCAACCAGUGAAAGCCGACCAGUGCUAUGAUGAUAUCCGAGUGUCACAGAACACCUGGGACUCCAACUUCUGUGCUGUCAACCCCAAGUUUUUGGCCAUUGUGGUAGAGGCCAGCGGGGGUGGAGCUUUCCUGGUCUUGCCUCUAUCUAAGACGGGUCGCCUGGAUAAGUCGCAGCCCCAGGUCUGUGGUCACACGGCCGCAGUGCUGGACAUCGAUUGGUGCCCCCACAACGAUAAUGUCAUUGCCAGUGGCUCGGAAGACUGCAGCGUCAUGGUGUGGGAGAUUCCAGAUGGAGGUCUGACCCGCUCACUCACAGAACCCAUUGUCACCUUGGAAGGGCACACUAAGCGGGUGGGAAUUGUCCUCUGGCACCCGACCGCCCAGAAUAUAUUGCUGAGUGCAGGUUGUGACAAUGUCAUCUUGAUCUGGGACGUGGGCUGCGGGCAGUCCGUCAUCUCCAUAGAUGAGACACAUACGGACCUCAUAUACAGCGUGGCCUGGAACCGGGACGGCAGUCUCAUCUGCAGCUCAUGUAAAGACAAAAAAAUUAGAGUCAUGGAACCCAGAGCCGGUACCAUUGUAGCGGAGAAGGAUAAGCCCCAUGAGGGCAGCAGACCGGUCCGGGCCAUCUUUGUGGCCGAUGAUAAAAUCCUGACCACUGGAUUCAGCCGGAUGAGCGAGAGGCAGGUGGCCUUAUGGGACACGAAGUCCCUGGACGAGCCGCUGACCCUGCAGGAGCUGGACACAAGCAGUGGGGUCCUCAUCCCGUUCUUCGACCCCGACACCAACAUCGUCUACCUGUGCGGCAAGGGGGACAGCAGUAUCCGCUAUUUCGAGGUGACGGACGAGGCUCCGUACGUUCAUUACCUGUCGGUGUACAGCAGCAAAGAGUCCCAGCGGGGGCAGGGCUAUAUGCCCAAGAGGGGCCUGGAAGUCAACAAGUGCGAGGUUGCCAGGUUUUACAAGUUGCAUGAGAGGAAGUGUGAGCCGAUCGGCAUGACUGUGCCCAGGAAGUCGGACCUCUUUCAGGAGGACCUGUACCCAGACACUGCGGGCCCGGAUCCGGCUCUCACCGCGGAGGAAUGGUUGUCGGGGAAGAACGCCGAGCCCCUGCUCAUCUCACUGAAGGACGGAUACACUCCCAGCAAAAGCAGAGAGCUCAAAGUCACCAAAAAUAUCCUCAGCACCCGCCUACCCAAACGCAGCCAGUCAUCCGAUGGAGGCAAUGUGAGAAUAAUUCAGAAUUUCUCUUUCUAUCAGGACUGCACCCUGGAGCAGCUCUUAAAGGAUAUAAAACAACUGAAGGCGACCGUGGCUGAACAAGAGAAGAGGAUCGCACAGCUGGAAGACGCCAAAUAG